AUGCUCCCUCCUUCCAACGUCCUCGUUCUCGGCGGCGGCAUUGCGGGCAUUGCCGCUGCCCUCUCGCUAUCCAAGGAGCUCGCUCCCCUAAAUCCAGAUUUGAAGAUCACGAUUUAUGAACUGCGAGAGGUCCCGUCCACCUCAGGCGGCGCCAUCAACCUGACUCCCGUCGCGCAAAGGCAUCUCGCCCAGCUCGGUGUCAUCGAAGAACUCGACAAGAUGGGCCCCGACGCCGGGGCGGAAGUGGACAGCAUAGAAUACUAUUCCAUUCACACCGGGCGGGGGAUGGGCCGCGUCGACUUUGCCGGCAAGAAAGGCCAGGGCUACGGGGGAUACAAGGGAAAGCGGGUGAUGCGGAUCAGUCUCCAUCUCGCCAUGCUAGCGGCAGCCGAGAAAGUGGGCAAUCUGACAUUCGAAUUCGGCAAGAAAGUGCUGGGAGGAAUGGAGUCGGAGAAGGGCGUCACGAUCUUCUUCGCGGACGGUACCAGUGCCACUGGCGAUUUGGCAAUCGGUUGCGACGGAGUGCAUUCCAACACGCGAACAAAGAUCGUGGACCCGGACAGGCCUUCGGAGUACACUGGCAUAUCGUUUAUUCAGACCACGAUCAAAACCGAGAAUAUCGAGUCUCCCAUCCACUUCAAAGCCUCGGCAAUGAAUCGAUCGAGGCGAGGCGCCUUGCUGACUACGUUCUGUGACAUGGAGAAGACCGAAAUCUUCAUGGCCGGGCUGGUGCAGAUUGACGCUUCAGUCCUAUCAAACGACGCCUGGAGACAGGAAGGGACCAAUAGUUUCAGGCCGAGGUGGACGCCCUUGAAAGCGCUGCGGGACGAUAUCCGUGAGCGGUUUGGGGAAUCGGUGAUACCAUGCAUUCGGGAAUUUGUCGACAAGGCCGACGGGUGGUCGAUAUAUCCUGUCUACCAGCUGGCCCCUGGAGGGAAAUGGUUCACAGACCGGAUAAUCCUGAUUGGCGAUGCGGCCCACGCGAUGCCACCCCGCGAUGAAUCCGCGGCCUAUGCCCUGGACGAUGCGAUUCUGCUCGCGCGCGUUCUCGCGGUUUACUACGAGCAACCACUCCGCGACGCCUUCCAGACCUACGAUACCAUCCGCAGAAAAGUCAUCAACGACGCCUACAGGGACUCCACCGCCGGAUGGGCAAACAACAAAGACCACAGCAAGUGGGCUUCCAGGGUAGAGGAGUGGCUCGCGCCGUGGCAGCUUCGACGCCGAAAGCGAGCCAGAAUCGGCGCAUGGGUGUUUGACGCGCAUGAGGUGGAAAUUCCGCCGCCAAAGGACUGGAAGGAGGUUGAGCCAUGGCCCUGA